GUCAGUUAGUCGAACUCGAGUAGACUAGAAACCAAGAGAAUGUUCAAGACCAUCGCUGUAGUAGUGCUCCUGGCAGCCCUGGCCAGUGCCGAGCUCCAUCGCGUGCCGAUCCUCAAGGAGCAGAACUUUGUGAAGACGCGUCAGAAUGUUUUGGCCGAGAAAUCCUAUCUGCGCACCAAGUACCAGCUGCCCUCGCUUCGCAGCGUGGAUGAGGAACAGCUGUCCAACUCGAUGAAUAUGGCUUACUACGGAGCCAUCUCCAUCGGAACUCCCGCUCAGAGCUUCAAGGUUCUGUUCGACUCAGGCUCCUCGAACCUGUGGGUGCCAUCGAACACCUGCAAGAGCGAUGCCUGCCUGACCCACAACCAGUACGACUCCAGCGCCAGCUCCACCUACGUGGCCAACGGCGAAUCCUUCUCCAUCCAGUAUGGCACUGGCAGCCUAACUGGCUACCUGUCCACCGAUACCGUCGACGUCAAUGGCCUGAGCAUCCAGAGCCAGACCUUUGCUGAAUCCACCAACGAGCCGGGCACCAACUUCAACGAUGCCAACUUCGAUGGCAUUCUCGGUAUGGCCUAUGAGUCCCUGGCCGUGGAUGGUGUGGCUCCUCCGUUCUACAACAUGGUGUCCCAGGGUCUGGUCGACAACUCCGUCUUCUCGUUCUAUCUGGCCCGCGAUGGCACCUCCACUAUGGGUGGUGAACUCAUCUUCGGUGGCUCCGAUGCCUCUCUGUACUCUGGCGCUCUGACCUACGUUCCCAUCUCGGAGCAGGGCUACUGGCAGUUCACCAUGGCUGGAUCCUCCAUUGACGGUUACUCGCUGUGUGAUGAUUGCCAGGCUAUUGCCGAUACCGGCACCUCCCUGAUCGUGGCUCCCUACAAUGCUUACAUUACCCUCUCCGAGAUCCUGAACGUGGGUGAGGAUGGCUAUCUGGACUGCUCAAGCGUCAGCUCCCUGCCCGAUGUCACCUUCAACAUCGGUGGCACCAACUUCGUCCUGAAGCCCUCGGCCUACAUCAUCCAGUCGGACGGCAACUGUAUGUCCGCCUUCGAGUACAUGGGCACCGACUUCUGGAUUCUGGGCGAUGUCUUCAUUGGCCAGUACUACACCGAGUUCGAUUUGGGCAACAACCGCAUUGGCUUCGCCCCAGUCGCCUAAUUAACGAUCCGCAAUUACGAAUCAAUAAAGAAACGAGCUCUUAGAAUUUUCUACCAAAUGUCUGGGUCACCUCAAGUGGGUCACCUUUCGAAGGCUGAAGGUGUAACAAUCUAAUCUGUUUACAACUUUGUAAGUGGAUAGGUUGUGAGUAAGCGACUCCAAUUGCGUUUUACAGUCAUGGCUAUUUAUGCUUAUCUGCAUUUCAUAUAAUAAAUGAAUUACACAUUGGACUUUCUGUAAAUUGUUCGAGAAUGUAU